GCUGCUUGUUGUCAAUACACAUACGCAAUGUUUUAUGUUGUGUAAGUUCACUGCGUAAUUUUGCUUUAUUCGAGAAAACGGAGUACAUAAUACAGAACCAAAAUUAAUUAAACUCGAAAUAGUUUGCAGAACUCGCCUUAUGCAAUGUGAAUGUGGCCCGGUUACAGGGCCAGAACGUAUUUGGGACUACACCCGCAUGUGAUGGAAAACAGUGUGGGCGGUUAAUCUUUUUAACAAUUCCCUGUGCAAAAUGUAAAUCCCGACACCCGUCCCGAGCCCGACACCAAAAUAGUUCGGCGAGCUAAGCAGGUGGAAACACCAUCAAACAACCGCGAGCGUUCAAAGAGCGUUACGAAGCGUUACUUUUCGAUGUUUCAUUGCGACCUGUUACGGUGUGUGUGGCUGCGGCCUCAAUGCAGCCAACUGCCAACAAUCAAACUGACAGCUUCCGGCAGCAACUGACAAACGGCUUCGUUGAAUUUUGUUAUCACUUUUUGUUUUGGGAUUGUAAGCGUUUUUUUACAAACUGUUUAACUGGGACGCUUGAUACAGAAGAUAAGCAGUGUGGCCAAACGACGCCACUGGUAAACUACUAGAGUGAAAACAGUUUGGCUUUACAAAAAUGUCGAAAAGGAAGUUGCCGCUUUGGGCAUGCAGUGCCGUAAAACAUGAACCAGCAGAGGAUGGUGGCAGCACGGUAAAGCCAGACGCGCCAAUCGUGGAUAUGAAACAAGGCGUCCCAACAUCGGUAAAGAAUGAAGAUGCGCCGAAAAGACGCUUGCGAAGUAAUUACGUUUUUCCAGCGGAGGAAACUAAAAAGCCCGAUACGAAGGUUGAAUAUCUUCCUUUCAUCGAGUACACGGGAGCGAUCGAAUAUUACACGACCCUGCAGGAUAUGGCGUUCCGAUGCGAUCAGCUAAUGCAGGAGAUUACGCAGCAACUCCAGUCAACCGACCAAGACAUCCCGAUAGCAUUCGAUUUGGAGUGGCCUUUUAGCUUUAAGACUGGCCCAGGGCGUACGGCUUUAAUGCAGCUUUGCGUUAAGACGGACUGUUGCUUACUGCUGCAAAUUUCCUGCCUAAAGCGUCUGCCUGCCGCACUGACGCAGCUGCUCUACCAUCCACGGGUGGUGUUGCACGGUGUCAAUAUUAAGAACGAUUUUCGGAAACUGGCGCGCGACUUUCCGGAGGUGGACGCUGAUCGCUUAAUAGCGCGGUGCGUUGAACUGGGCCAGUGGUACAAUCGUUUGAACGGUUCCACCGGGCUGUGGAGUUUAGCCCGGCUGGUGGAGCAGUUACUGAGGCUACGCAUGAACAAGAGCAAACAGGUGCGGAUGAGCAAAUGGGACGUAUUGCCACUGUCCGAAGACCAGAAGCUGUACGCAGCCAUCGAUGUUUAUAUAGGUCAGAAGCUGUACCUCAAUCUUGCGGAAAAACAACGCCAACAGGAGAAUGUUAAUAACUGUGUACCAGAAGCAAACAUCGACACUAAAAUUUGUUUGAAAGUUGAAGGUCCAGAGACAGCAGACGCCGUGGGGUUACCAUUGACUAACAGUAACCACAACCCCAAACAACCUGUUAUUGGUCUGUAGUGUAACACAGCCAAUCCCAUCAUGUCUCGUCUGGUACAUGUCCUGCGGGCCGGAAGACUUCCCUACCAACAGGCACUAAAGCUUCAGCAAACAAUUGCGAACCGGUUACUGCAGCAGGCGAAACAUCCGCAAGAUAGCGUCGCACCAACAUCACCUUACUGCAAUGUGCUCAUUCUAACCGAACACGAACCGGUCUACACCAUUGGCAUUCGUACGAAAGGCUACGACGAAACGGAGGAACAUCGAUUACGUGCACUCGGGGCCGAUUUUGUCCGCACCAACCGGGGCGGAUUGAUAACGUUUCACGGACCGGGACAGCUGGUAGCAUAUCCCAUACUCGACUUAAAACGCUUUCAACCAAGCGUUCGCUGGUACGUGUGUCAUCUCGAGCGAACUGUUAUAGAACUGUGUAGGCGGUACGGUUUGCGGGCUCAAACGACCGCUGACACGGGCGUGUGGAUCGAGGACCGGAAGAUCUGUGCGAUGGGAAUCCACGCAAGCCGGUACGUAACGACGCACGGGUUAGCGCUCAACUGUGACAUCGAUCUGGGUUGGUUCCGGCACAUUGUACCGUGCGGGUUGGUUGGGAAAUCGGUUACAUCACUAGCGCAGGAACUGAACCGACCGGAGCUGGGUGUUGCGUCUGUUACGGAAGAAUUUCUUGACUGCUUUCGGCACACGCUCGAAUGCGAUUUGCUACCGUUGGGCGGCGAGAGCCAAAAGGAGCUGAUGGAUGGCAUUUAAGGUAGAUGUUAAGCAACUAUUAUUGACUCAGGAAUUGUUUGUUUUCUAAGCCUGCUAAUAAUUACUGUAAGACAAUGCUUGUGACGUUUGUGUUUGUAAUAAUAAUAUAUUUUAAAGCUAUUUGCAAAGGACUGGUAAAACCAACAGUACGUUAAUAAGAAA